AUGGGUGCAGAGAAGGAGCAGCAAUCACCGGCCUACGCCUAUCCACGAAGCAGCAUCGACGCAGAGGCGGCUCACGACGGCGCUGAGCUGCGCAAGAAGAAGCGUGCGAAAUGCCUCCUCUACAUCGCGGUCUUCGCCAUCUUCCAAAUCGCAGUAAUCACAGCCUUCGCCCUAACCGUGAUGAAGGUCAAAACGCCCAAAUUCCGCAUCCGAGAGGCCACGCUCUCCGACCUCACCGCCGGAACAGCCUCGCUGCGGGCCACCCUCAGCGCCGAGCUCGCCGUGAAGAACGCCAACUUCGGGCCCUACAAGUACCGCAGCACCAGCGUGGAGUUCUUCUACCGAGGGGCGAAGAUAGGCGAGGUUCUCGUCCCCGGCUCGAAGGCUAACUGGAAGACUACGAAGGAGAUAAGUGCCGCCGCCGUGGAGCUGGAUCUGAGCGGCGACCCUCGGCUUCCCGGCGAGGUGGUGCGGAUAACGAGCUCUGCGAAGAUGGAGGGGAAAGUGGAGAUGCUGUUUUUUAUGAACAAGGAUAGAUCGACGGAUAUGAAUUGCUCUAUGGAUAUUGUGACGGCGUCAAGGACUGUUGAGAAUAUUGAAUGCGAAUGA